UAAGAAUAUAUCAGACAAGUGGUGUAUACUUUUUUUUUCUUUUGGAAUGGCAUCAAUACUUGCACAAUAUCAGACAGAUAUUUCGUCGCUUCAUGAAGAAUUAAAAAGACUCAAAUCAAAGAGAGAUGAUUUAUUAUUAAGAAUGCUUGAAGAGCCUCCUGCUCACGAAUAUACUUAUGGAAAGGCACCUCAAGAUUUAAAACCGAUCAAAAGUGAAUGGAAUAUUGAAAAAAUAUACAGAUUGUCAGGAAUUACAUUCUUUAUUCCAUCUAAUCCAGAAAAAUAUUUACAUUUAAAAAAAAAAUCGGUAUAUAAACUUGUAGGAGCUAGAAUUGAUAUUUUUCAUAAAGGCGUAUUUCUAGAACCUCACUAUUUGAUCUUUCGCGUAGAUACUAUAUUAUCACUAUAUAAACAUACCAUACCUAAUUUUAUUGAUAUUGAUUUACUUAUAAAAAAAUGGCUAAACAAGGACAUCAACAUAUUUCUCAUUUUAAUACGCAAACAACUUCUUUAUUAUACAAUUCGUUCGUCUCAUAUUCGUGAAUUAGAAACGGUCUUUUCUGACUUUACAAUAUUAUGUGAUUCUUCUGCUACAUUAGUACAAAUAAAAAAUCAAAAAUAUACUAUAAAUAUCAAGUUUGGAGAUACAAAUAUUGACAAAACAAUCAUUAUAAAUUCAAAAGGAGACAGGGAAAUAGAUCUCGAGGAAAAAAUAUCUAAUAAUGAUCUUAUUGCUCUUCAUCAUCUCUUAAAAUAAUCACUUUAUAUUAUCAUCUCUAUUAUACAUAGAAACUAUCUACC